CUAAUAUUACAAAUCUAGCUGUUCAACCCACCAAACCUGAUAAACAAAAACAAAACUUAGAAAUCCUAAUCACAUCCAGAAUACAAAUUAAACAGCAACUCUAUCUCCAAAUUCAACUCGAAUUCUCUUAUUACUUACCUGAUCACAAUGUCGUAUAGAAACCUCCACCAAGUCAAUAUCUUUUCCUUCAUACUUCACACCAAAAAACAUAAGCACAACAAGAAAAACAAGAAGAAGAGAAUUACGAGCAUCCUCCUUCUCUGAUUGUUGAAAAUGGGUGCCCAAUAUACCAAACAGGUGGAUCGGAGGAAGGCAAUUGCCUCCGAGAAGAAAACUCUUGAAGAUCUUGAGAAAAAAUCUGGUGAUGACUUUCCAGGAUCGGACUAUCAUCCUUCUGAUCGGAAGAAUUGGAUGUCAGGUUUAGACCCGAGCAGAAUUCAUAUUAACAAGAUUGUUUGGCCGGGUACUCAUGAUUCAGCAACCAACAAGAUUGGAAUUAGAUUCAUUUCUCGUCCAUUUGCUCAAACUCAAUCUUUAUCAAUUUAUGAACAGCUUGUUCUUGGCACUCGGCUGUUGGAUAUCCGAGUUCAAGAAGAUCGACGUGUUUGUCAUGGCAUUCUCCUGACUUAUGGGUUUGAUGUUGUAGUAAAUGAUAUCAAGAAAUUCUUGUCAGAGACAGAAUCCGAGAUUAUAAUUCUUGAGGUUCGGACGGAGUUUGGUCAUGAAGAUCCACCUGAAUUCGACAAGUACUUAGAGGAACAACUCGGCGAACACUUGGUCCAUCAAGAUGACCAUGUUUUCGGAAAGACGAUUGCUGAAUUGUUACCGAUGAGAGUUAUAUGUGUAUGGAAGCCAAGAAAGUCACCUGCACCAAAGAAAGGCAGUCCGUUAUGGAGUUCCGGGUACUUGAAAGACAAUUGGAUCGACACUGAUCUACCUGCGACCAAGUUUGAGAGUAACAUGAAACAUUUGAGUGAACAACCUCCAGUUUCAAACAGGAAAUUCUUUUACAGGGUGGAGAAUACAGUUACACCUCAGGCAGAUAAUCCAGUUUUAUGUGUGAAACCAGUGACCGGCAGGAUUCAUGGAUAUGCAAGACUGUUUGUAGUCGAAUGUUUUAACCGGGGCUUUGCGGAUCGGUUACAGGUUUACUCUACAGAUUUCAUCGAUGCCGGUUUCGCUGAUGCCUGCGCUGGACUUACUAAAUCAAGACUAGAGGAUCAGAAGCCGCAGGUUUCUGACAUGUAAAUCAUGCAUAUAGUUUCAUUAUCAUAAUAUUCCUUCUACUUUCAUUCUGUUCAUUCCCAUUGUUUGUGUAAGUAAGUAAACUUAGGACAAAUUAUCAUAUCUAAGGAUUGUGCUGCGUUUAGUGUAUUCCCUUGUUCGAAUAGAUUCAACAGAAUAUGUUUAGUUUGGCUUUCUUUCAGAAAGUAUGUAAAAAAGGAGUGAAAUGUGUGAUUAUUCUUAAGUAUGAAUAACAAUUUCAGAAGUUUCUUUCUGUUUGCAA